AACUGAGUAAGAGGCAGGCAGAUGGAUUUAUUAAUGUAUCGAAUCAGGAAUGACGACGCAUCAGAGGAGUUCCCCGUCUAACCGUAGCCGUAGGCGUUACACCACACUACAUAGUGAGAAACUGCCGCUAAUACAAAGUCGGUUAGUGUCUAUAAUACAGUGCACGGAACAUUGGCGGGCCGACACCGCCAAAAAGUUAAGACCCCUCCAACUCUUAAAACCGGCAGAAAAAAAAAAGUUAGGUAUCUCCCGGUUAGCUUUUCUGUUUUGCAGCUGUCUAAAGCUCUUUGGUGUUUUCACUACAGCAAACCCAGUCAAAUAAUAAAUCCCCUUAAAUCUGUACUAGUUUCGAUUUCAAGAUGGCGGCUUCCGACGCCCGCAAAAAAACUUUGUUUGAUGAUAGCGACGACGAAUCAGACGGAGGUGUUAAGCUACAAAUCAAUUCCGAGUAUGCAAAAAGAUUUGAGCAUAAUAAGAAACGAGAGGAAUUGCAAAGACUGGAAGAGAAGUACAAGUCCAAACAGACCAACGGGAACAAAUCGAAAGAUGAUGAUGAAUCCGAUUCCUCCUCAGAUGAAGAAGAAGAUGAAAAUGGCUUCUUAGCAACGGAAGACCUUGAUGCCGAGAUCUCUGCCACGCUUCAAGCAAUCAAGAAUAGAGACCCUCGUGUAUACGAUGGCAAGACCAAGUUCUACAAGCCAAUCGACGAAAGUGCUACCACGGAGGGCGUGAUAGCAAAGCAAAAAAAAGAGAAGCCCGUUUUUCUACAAGAUUACCACCGAGAAAAAAUCCUGCGCGGAGAUACCGGAGCCGAUUUUGACGACGAGCAAAAGCCUCCGCAAACCUACGCACAGGAGCAGGAUGACUUGAAGCAGUCUAUCAAGGAUGAAAUCAAAGCGCAACUAGGCGCCGAGGAUGGCGCUGAAGAUAGCGAUAGCGAUGAGGACUUCAUCAAGGCUAAAGAAGGGACCAAAUCCGUUCCUGAGCAGGGCAUCCAUCCGUCCAGGGCUAGUAAGAUCAAAGCUCCAAAGCCUGAGCUUGAAGAUGCGGACAAGGACCCGGAGCUUUUCCUAUCAAAUUUCAUGGCCGCCCGCGCUUGGGUUGAAGAAGAUGAGAAUAACUGGAAGGCAUUCGAGUCCGACGACAAUGAUGAAGUCGACAAAGCAGAUGAGUGGGAAGCCGCGUAUAAUCUGCGCUUUGAAGAUCCUAAUAAGAGCAAUGAAGUUUUGAAGUCAUAUGCUCGUGAUGUCGUUGCAGCGCGCUCAGUCCGACGAGAAGACAAGAGCAUGCGCAAGCGUCAACGAGAAUUGGAGCGCGAGAAGAAGGAAGAAGAGAAACAAAAAAGGAAAGAAGAAAGAGCACGAUUACGUCGCCUUAAACUUGACGAAGCCGAGGAAAAAUUAAAGAAGAUCAAGAAGGCAGCAGGCUUAUCCGGCAAGACAUUAAAGGACGAGGAAUGGCAGAAGCUACUUGAAGACGCCUGGGAAGAUGAUAAAUGGGAAGAACAACUGAAGAAGACGUUUGACGACCAGUAUUAUGCUGCAGCCGAGGAGAAUGCGUCUGGAGAUGACGAAGCCGACGGCAAGAAGUCAAAGAAGAUAAAAAAGCCUAAAUGGGAUGAUGAUAUCGACAUCAAGGAUAUCAUCCCAGAUUUCGAUGACGAGGAACGCCCUAAUAUCACUCUUACUGAUAAUGAACACGUUGAGGAAGAUGAAGACGAAGACGAAGACGAAGAUGCACCUUCGGCUAAGCGGCAAAAGACUACCAAACAACGCAAGCGAGAAAAGCUAGAAAGCCAGAAAGAAGUACGACAAGAGCGAGCUAAGCUCGAGGCGUUCGUUGACGCGAAGAUGGAAAUUGACGAUCCGGAGAUCCUCGCCGGCAGCUCGUCGAGGAAUAACGGACCGGCACGUUUCUCUUACCGCGAGACGGUGCCCGAAUCAUUCGGUCUCACUACGCGCGAUAUCCUCAUGGCGUCCGACGCCGAUCUCAACGAAUUCGCCGGCCUGAAGAAGCUGGCGCACUUCCGACCGCAGGACAAGCAAAGUAAAGACCGCAAGCGGCUCGGCAAGAAAGCUCGUCUAAGGCAAUGGCGCAAGCAGACUUUCGGCCCCGAGUUCGAGAGGGAGCCUCCGGCCUUCAAUCCCGCCGCCUUCGUGGAAGGUGAUGGUGAUGGGAAGCCGAAAUUCGAAGCGGAAGCCGGAACUGGUAAUAAUAUAAUUGAGGGCGGUUCCAAGAAGAAGCGCAAGCGGUCUAGGGCCAAGAAGAGCGCAAAGCAAGGCGAGGGAGACGAAGACGAAGCGGAGGCGGUGGCUGCGGCGUAGACGCACCGACCCCCGAUUCAACCAAAUUUCAAUUUUCUUUGGUCGUUGUCUUCGGCAGAGCAUCUCGGUAGAUACAUAGGUUGAUGAUACCCUAGAUCUUAAUUUGUCGCGCGAAGCAAAAAAAAAAAAAAAAAAAAAAA